AUGGCAACCCUUGUCUUCAUCCCCGGGGCUUGGAUCACCCGCGAGCUGUACCAGCCCUUCCUCGAUGCCUGCUCUGUUGCUGGCUACCCCGUUCACUAUGCAGGUUAUCCAUCCAUUGAUCCGGCGGAUCCUACUGUAGCCGAUUGCAAGACCGAUACGGACGUUAUCAGGAAAACGCUACACAGAUUGGUCGAAGAGGAGGGCAAAGACAUCUUCCUGAUGAUGCAUUCAUAUGCCGGAAUGCCUGGUGCAGCUGCCGCCCUCGGGUUGGCCAAGUCGCAGCGAACCCAGCAGGGCAAGCGUGGUGGCGUAAUUGGGAUGAUCUUCAUCGCAGCCUUCCUGGUACCAGAGGGUGUAAGCUGUGCAGGAUUGCAGGGCGGGAAUCUUCCUGCGUGGAUUUUGCUGGAUAAGCCCACUGCCAACCUUAACGUUCCGGCUGACCCCGUCGCCAACUUUGCGGCAGAUGUUGAUCCGGCGCUGCUCAAGGACCUCAAUGAAAAUGUCAAGCCUCAUGCGACGCUGGCGUUCACCUCUCCUCAGCCGGCUCCUGCAUGGGCGGAGGAAGCCUUCCAAGGACGGCUGGCCUUUAUUGUCACCACGGGCGAUCCUGCGGUUCCAAAGGAGGCACAGUAUGUCAUGAUGGCUGCGACUGAGCAGGAGUGGAUUAUCAAGGGGAUUGAUUCCAGUCACUGUGCUCCGUUCAUUGAUCGGAUUGAUGAGACGGUUCGGUUGGUAGAGGAAUGUGUGAAGGAGUUCCAGCUUUGA